GAAAGAGAGAUAAAGAUAGAAAAAAAAGAGAGAAUGAGGAUUAGUGAUAUUUUCUGCUCUUCUCCGGCAUCAACCGCCGUACGACCAAGUACACUUCACCACGACGGAAAGGUGACCGGAGGCCGCAGAUCCUUCGAAAGCCACCUCCGGAGCCAAAACCCUAGUAACAAGAAAGACAAAACCGUCCCUUGCUUCUCUUCCGACAUGCCUUUAAUCCCUAUUCCUCGUCACUUGAGCUGUAGAAACUCCUUUGAAUCUUCAAGCGGGUUUCGUCGGAAGAUCGCUUCUGCUCACGGUGACGACGUCCAAAUCCGCCGGAAAAGUUCAGCUGACGUAAGUGACUUGAGGAGAUCAAGAAGUUCUCUGCUAAGCUCAUCGUCUAGGUAUCUUUUAAAAGAUCAUAAGUCUUUGAAAGGUGAUGAUAAGGACCUCUGGUUAUCAUCAUCGGAUCGUUCUAAAGAUUUGAUUCCUUUCCGUGACCGCAACGUAACUUCUUCAUCUUCAUCAUCUUCUUCUUCUUCUUCCUCGUCGUCUUCUUCUUUUGUGACCAAUGUUUCAUCGCCGGCUCCAUCCACUGAUGACCAGGUUGUGGUUUUGAGGGUAUCGAUCCAUUGCAAGGGAUGUGAAGGGAAGGUUAGAAAGCAUAUCUCCAAAAUGGAAGGGGUGACGUCAUACACCAUAGAUUUAGCGACAAAGAAGGUGACGGUGGUCGGAAAGAUAACACCUGUCGGAGUAGUAGAAAGCAUCUCAAAGGUCAAAUUCGCUCAGCUUUGGCCUUCCUCUUCUUCUGCUCCAUUUCCUCACAUUCCUAAUUAUGCACUCCUCAAAUCUUAAUCUGUUUUCUUGUUAUUUAGUCCGAAAGCUACGGUCAUUAGACAUAUGUCAUGUUGUGAUUCGUAUCAAUGCGACAUUAAGGUGGUGUAGUUUAACAUAUACAUAUGUUUGAAGGAGGUGGUUUUGUUUUUUUCUUUCCGACAACUAAAUUUCAUUCUUAGUA